AUGGAUAUAUUCAGCAAACCAGAUUACUACCCUGUACCUUCAGACGCUGUGAUCAGCUAUGUGGAGCAGCCUGUCACGCGGAUGAGAAAAUCCGUGACGAAGUCCGAUAUUUAUGCACUUCUCGUCUACCUGUCUUCCCCAAUCGAUCCCGUGGACUACUCAAUAAUUGCUGAUUUCUUCCUCAUCUACAGGAAUUUUGUUACACCGUUGCAACUGUACGAAUACUUGAUUCUGAGGUUUUGUUGGUCGAUAAAUGAAAUAUGCCAGAGGGAUUCCGAGCCUAUUGAUUCAGAGAGAAGGAAGAUCGGUCAGAUUGCAUUGACGCGAACGUUUGUUUUGAUAAGGCAUGGCGUGCUCAAUCAUUUUAUAGAGGAUUUCCUACUCGAUACAGAACUGCGACUGACGUUCACAAACUUUCUGAAUACCGACUAUGGGAGUAGCCCGCAAACGGUGAAAAAUGCGAUAGUAAACCUAAAGAAAGCUUGGUGCAAAAGUGUCCGAGAGACUUGGGAUGAUGUGAAACUCGAGGAACCGUUGAACGUUCAACUACCAGGAAACGAAGAACCAGAUAAUUGGUUAUUCUAUAAAGUCAAAGAUAUUACACAACUAAAUGAGAGGGGGAAAAGAGACAGCCGAUUGAGCAUUCUAGCAUUACAGAACUUAACAAACCCUGAAUUCAGGAACAGGAGUGUGCUCUCACUAUACAAGGAGUUAGAUACAGCUAAAGCAUCCAAACUACAAAAAAUUAAGGAGUUUAAUCCCCAUACUGCAUCAAUGCUAUUAUUCCCGAGAGAUAACCUAUCGUCAGCGAAAGACACAAGCAUAACAGAACCAGCAGAUAUCUCAACGAAACUAUCACAGGAUAUUCCCGAGAAACAAAGACCUCUAACCACUCGUCUAUCGCGAUUGCCGCAUAUGUCCAAAACUUUCAAAGAUUUGGAUUACCCUUCGUCACCGACGGUAAAUAAUAUAGUACCUCCAACGCCAGCAAGGAAAGUAGAGUUUAUCUUAAACUCUCUGUACGUGCCUGAUGAUGUUGUUGAGAAAGAUAACAGAAAUGAGGAUCAAGAACUUCCUCCCUAUGAUCCAACUAUUCGAACGCAAAAGAAAAGUAAACCAAUGCAGAGAACGAGUUCGUUUCGUUCAUUGACCCAUUCCUCGAUUCAUAUGGGCCCAAUCGGCUUGCUAGCCAAGUGGAAGAGCAAUCAUAACAAAAAUAAAAACAGCACACGUACCUCAACGUCGCAUCAAAAUACAUCUAUCCAGAACUUACAUUCAUUUAAAAACAACACAACUAAACCUGAAAUGGAUACAUUUGUCAAAUACGUGAUUUCCAUAAGUUCGUUAGACAAUCAGAAUAAGGACCCGAACGAACUGAUUAAAUCAGAUUCUUCCAAAUUUGAUAUACUAAGUGCCAGAACUAUAGACGAAGUAGAAUAUUUAUUGUCAUUAGAAAAUAACCUUCUUCAACAAAUGAAACAAAUAGAACCUGAGGACUCGAUAAAUGCUGAUAUAGGAUCGAAAAUUUAUAAUAGCGAAGUAAACGGUGUUGCUGAAUCUAGAGAGGAAAACAGUAGACCCAACCCAAACUUCAGUGCAAUGGAUAAUUUAGAUCUGUACCAAACCGUAAGCUCAAUUGCCCAAUCUGUCCUUUCUCUCACAAAUACCCUCAAUGCCAGUGUUUCAAAUCAGCAAAAUAUCUCCUCUUCAGCCAAGGGAAGGAGAAAGGCCAACAGCACAGCAGCCGCAUUUUUUGGUCAAAAAAAUAAUUCAUCAACCUUCCUACUGGAUCAUCAAUAUUCUAAAGAACUGUCCAAGGUCAGUACCAAUGAAAGAGGGAUCCCAGGUCCUAUUGAUAAUGACGGCCCUCAAAAACUGAUCUUCCAUGCAUCACCGUACGGCACCCCAAGCAAAUCGUCUUCAAUACGAUCUGAUCUAAUGGCACCACAUCCGACACAAAUAAACCAUUCUCCGUCAAAGAUCAAAAGAAGUUCUUCACCUUUAAAGAACACUCUGGCCGAUUUGCAAGAACUUGUGCACGACGAACAAGAAAGCGAGGAUGAUAAUCCAUCGAACGAACAAAUGAAAAUUGAGGACAGAAAUUCACUUGAUACUAGCAUCUCAUAUGACUCUGAAAUAUCCGAGAUGAGUGGAGAAAAGAGGAAAACAACAAGACGGCAACCAAAUGGCAUGCUGCUAAAACUACGCGAUGCUAACCAACCAGAUUUACGAAAGAAGGAAGCUUUUGAAAAUUUGAGGGAAUUCACGUUUGAAGGCAAAGAAGACGAUAACGACGUGAAGCAUUCAACUUCCGACGAUGAAAAUACUAAUAAAGAAAUCGGCGAUAUUACAGAGAUAGAUACUCCGCAGCUUGCUCCUCAAGAAGAUGAUAUUGCAACACCCAACACGGCAGCUAAUAGUUCAAAUGUUCUACAAGACACUGAAAACCACGCAUAUCCUACGGAACACAACAUUGAUUCCGAUGACUCGACCAGCUUUGAUAAUCGAUACAGCUUCUUCUCCACCAACGAAAUGGAUGCUGAGAACUCUAGUAUAAUUGCCGAAAUACGGCCGGCCAGUGGGAGAAUUAGCAUUACUAAAAGACCAAGUAGAGCUGCGACAAAAAAAUCGAGCCCGUUGAAGGCUUCUAUUUUUCAUAUGAGUAUGAAUGACGGCGAUUUUUUGAGUAAAGACAAGGCUCUAGAGGAGAAUGAAAGAGAACUUGUAAAGGUUGAAAAUAAGCUAAUAGCCAGGACUUCAGCUACCACCAGUAUCACCACAAGUGCUCUGUUUGGUUCUAAAACCUCCAGUCCGAGAAAAGGCCCAGCUAAUGGAAACACCCCUGACAACCCAAGAAUUAGACUUUCUAUAGCCCCCAGUAUCCAAUCGAUCGUUAGUGGGGGGUCGUUUUCUACUUUUUCUUCCUUUGAUACAAGCUCUCAUAAAACUGAAAGUUUGAGGACCAAGUUUCAAAAUGGCUUGAAAAAAGAGAAUACCGAAAUGGAUACUAGUAGUACCAACAAGUACUUCUUUGAACCUGAUACAGGUAGUUUUGACGGGGCAUCUCCCUUGAAGAAUGUUGAAUUAUUAAAGAAGAAAUUCCUGAAAACGGAUCAAGUAUUAGAAGAAUCUGAAAACAAGAUACCUAAACACCCAUCUAGAAAAGGGUCUGAGGCCCCCUGUUCUGUUGCUAAACACCUGACUGCAGAGAUCAACGAAGAUACUUUAAAGAACAUUGCUGAUCUCACGGACGACUCAAUAUCAACCGAUCCUCUAACCAUGGCAAUGAUGAAAUUGGAGGGGACCUACACCAAACAUAAUAACAAAUUAAAGAUGGCGAGUUCUCCUAACCUGCCUGAACAUGUAAAGAGCAGAGAAAUGAUGGAUAUGCCAAGUCUGAUGCAUAUACCUGCCUCACCCUCAGAAAAAAGAAGGUCCCUAUUGAUAGAAAGGAGAAGACAGACAAUUAUGCAUAUACCGUUCACACCUGAGCCCAAUGAACGAGGGAAAGCUACACCAUUAAACCCAAGUAACUCGCCUAUUCGACCAGCCGAUGUACAGACUCUUUUGAAGAAUUACGAAAUGAGUGAUCCAAAUUUACUAAUAUCAAACAGAGAAAAUCACAUUCCCUUCAUUCUUACUUAUGAUUCACUGUCGAUUGCCCAGCAAUUAACGCUGAUAGAAAAGGAAUUGAUGGCUGAAAUCGAUUGGAAAGAUCUACUAGACCUGAAAAUCCAAUACCAGGGGCCACCCAUCACCAGCUGGCUGGAACUAUUAAUACAGAACGAACAGCUCUCUGGGAUUGAUUUGGCGAUUGCCAGAUUUAAUUUAACUGUGGAUUGGAUUGUUUCCGAGAUUGUGUUAACAAACGACGUCAAACUAAGAAGGAACACAAUCCAGCGGUUCAUUCAUGUUGCCGCACACUGCGAGGAAUUCCAGAAUUAUAACACGUUGAUGCAAAUUGUCUUAGCUUUGAGCUCAACAGUUGUGCAAAAAUUCAUUGAUGCAUGGAGACUGAUAGAACCCGGAGACCUGCUCGUUUGGGAAGAACUGAAACAGAUACCUUCUUUAGACAGAAACUACUCCGCUAUAAGACAGUUACUGAACGGCGUGAAUCCAAUAAAGGGUUGCAUCCCAUUCAUCGUAGUUUACUUAUCAGAUCUAUCACUCAAUUCAGAGAAGAGAAACUGGAUAGUACCCGGCAAGGUUUUCAAUUACCACAAGCAUGAUACCAACGUUCAAAUCGUGAAACACUUCAUUCAAAGGAUACAGUGGUCCAAAUCUUACAAAUUCAAAGCAGACCACGAACUGCUCAGCAAAUGUGUCUAUUUGAGUACUUUGACAAGAGAGGAGACAGAAGAACUAAACUCUACCGCACAGCGCAUAUAA